CGUAUCCCUGCCCAAUCGGUCGUUGCCACUUUAAACUAUCACGGAAUUGGAGGGUUUUAUCUUGAGUCACAGCUGCUAAACGCUGACUCAUCGCCCGCUUGCUCGGUUCCUUGUUCGGAGGUUCAUUCACUUUUAAAUGCUGUUCCCGCACCUUGGAGAUGUGACUGACGGUCAGACGAUCGAGGCUUCACGUUCAGUAACUGGGUGGACACCGCUGAAGACCGUCGUGUAACAGCUGACUGCAGGCGUUUACCAUGGCGCUGAUAAACCACGUGCUGGCUGCUGUUUUUGGAAUGGGGUCAUGGAUAGCUAUCAAUGGCCUCUGGGUAGAACUACCUCUCAUUGUGCCAGAGAUCCCAGAAGGCUGGUACCUCCCUUCCUACCUCACCAUCAUCAUCCAGUUCGCCAACGUGGGCCCUUUGUUUGUCACCCUCAUGCACAAGUUCUCGCCCAGGAAGCUGAAUGAGUCAGGUGUGAUCUAUGGCAUUGUGUGUUUAGGCAUCGUGGCCUGCUUUCUCCUGCCUUUCUUCUGGAAAGUGACAAGCGUGUUUGCUGGUGGGCUGCACAGCACAGCUCUGCUGGUCUUGGCCUUUUUCCUCUCGCUGGUGGACUGCACAUCUUCCGUGACCUUCCUGCCCUUCAUGACCCACCUGCAGCCCAAGUACCUGACCAGUUAUUUCAUUGGGGAGGGCCUCAGUGGGCUGGUCCCGGGCCUUGUCGCAUUAGGCCAAGGUGUCGGGGUCGUUAAGUGCGUCAACGCAACCACAAACGCGACCGGCAGCGUGCCUUGGAACUCGACUGAGGGUGACAGCACCAGCUACAGUAUUGUAGCCCACUACCAGCCAGCCAACUUUCCCCCCGAGGUCUUCUUUUUCUUCCUCAGUGGUGUGAUGGCCAUGUGUUUGGUGGCAUUCAUUCUCCUCAACUGUCUCCCACAGUCCCAUCACCAGCGAGCAACCAGCACAUAUGUUAAGCAGACAGAAACUGCCAACGAAGGGGCGGAGUUGAGUAAGACGGAGGUGGCAGAACAGAGGCCCAUGAUCAGCUCUCCGGACAGUCAGCAGGAAGCCAGGGUGAAAGCCAUUUCCAGGACUGGGAAGCACUCCCGCUCUGAGAUGGUACUGAUCUUCCUCAUCCUGGGGUGGGUAAAUGCCCUGACCAAUGCUGUCCUGCCCUCUGUUCAGUCCUACUCAUGUCUGCCAUAUGGGAAUUUGGCCUAUCACUUAUCUGCUGCCCUUGGAGCCAUGGCCAACCCACUAGCAUGCUUCAUUGCCAUGAUCUACCCAAACCGGUCGCUGAGGCUGAUGGGGUUCCUGACGCUCGCUGGCACUGGCGUGGGAUCCUAUAUCAUGAGCAUGGCUGCCCUGAGCCCAUGCCCCUGGCUGGCUCAGACCCAGAUUGGUAGCGCCCUCAUUGUCCUGUCAUGGAUCCUCUUUGUCGGGACAUUAUCGUACGUCAAGGUGAUGAUCGGCAUCAUUCUGCGCGAUGAGGGUCACAGUGCCCUCAUCUGGUGUGGAGCAAUGGUGCAGCUGGGCUCCAUGUUGGGCGCUCUGACCAUGUUUCCUCUGGUCAGCAUUUACAAUCUGUUCCGCUCUGGUGACCCAUGCAACACCAAGUGUCCUCUGUGACUGGCACCCGCAGGCAGAAGGAGGGUGGAAUAAAACAAAAGGGUAGCAAUAGACUGGAUAUUAUUAAAAAAAACUACAAACAUUUACAAGGACCAUGGGAGGUAACAGUGCAGAUUUCUGCUGAAAUCUCUGUCUCAAGUAACUGUACCUGGGCUCCUUCCUUUACACUGUACUCACUGUCCUAGGUAGCAAUAGAAUUUCCCUGGGGCAGAGGGAUAUCUCCCAGGAUUGUGCCAUAAUUUCGGGGGCGCUGAAAGCUAUUUAUCCUCUCUUCAUGCCUGAAGAUUCUGCAAAGGUUAGUAAACAAAUUGACACCUACCCUUAGGGUUCUUACUUACCAGAAAAGGUUCUAAUGCUUGUUAGUUGCCUUGUGUUCAAUUCAUAGAAUACUCUGAACAUUUCCCAAUUCUGUGGGAGGGAAGCAGAGUUAAAUGGAUAGUGUAUGUCUGGGGAGCGAGGGAGUCAGUAGAAGGACCUUGGUGGGAAUAUAUCCUUCAAACAAAACCAAACAUGGAAGAUUUUUAGCUCAUGUUAUGCUUCUGCAUAAUUUUAAAAUCUAAAGUUAAUUUUGAGGUAUACUGUGCCUUUCCCUGGCUCUGAUUUAUUCCCUUCUUCCUUGUGUCUUUAUCCUAACUCUGCCAUUUAUAUAGUAAGAGCUGGUUCAUGAUUCAUCCUCUCGGUUCUAGUAUUUUGGUGACGUCCGAACAUUUUAAUUAAAUACUUGACAGAUUUUAUUUCAAACUGGCUGGCAUAUAAAAAUAUGACACAAUAAAGUAUCUGUGGAGA